ACAGACGUCCAAUUGAGCCAGCAGCAUCUUCACUCCUGAGGGCCCGCUCUUCUCUUCUCUUCUCUGCCUCCAGAAGAUCCAUCAGCUUGUCCACCAGCAUGACUCCUUGGUCCCUCCUCCUGUCCGCCCUGGCUCUCUCGUCGUUCUUCAGCAGUGCCUGGUGCAGUCCCAUGUGCAACAACAAGUGCUGUAGUUUCGUGGAGGCCUUCCCUGUCCGGCUAAAGAAGCUCAGAGAGGACUAUUCACAGAUCAGAGAUUUCUUUGAAGCAAACGAUGACUUGGACACAGCGCUGCUGGACAAGAGCGUCGAGGACUCGUUUAAAAGCCCGUUCGCCUGCCACGCCAUGAACAGCAUACUGGACUUUUAUCUGAGCACGGUUCUGCCGACAGCCAUGUCCGGAGUGACGGAGGACACCAGGGACUUACAGCCGCACAUGGAGUCUAUACAGCUGAUCUUCGACGAGCUCAAGCGUGAUGUCACAGAAUGUAGAAAUUACUUCUCCUGCAGGAAACAGUUUGACAUCAACAAUCUAAACUUCACUUACAAACAGAUGGAGAGUAAAGGUCCAUACAAGGCCAUGAGUGAGCUGGAUCUGCUGUUUAACUACAUUGAAACAUAUCUGGCCUCUAAUAGGCACAGAAACCGACCGGCCAUCGUUUGAAGACCUGCUGACCCUAAUCGAAAUGUGAACCAUGUUCAUCCCAGGAACUCCUUGGCCUUGGACUCCUUUACUCUUUUGCAUUCAAUCAGUUAUUUUCACUGGUGUGAGUGUUGCCAAAUGUUGUUGCAGCCUGCUGAACUGAUGUCUUUUUUAUUCUGAGACUUCCGUUUUUGUCCUGGGGACAAGUUUCUGUUUUAAGACCAUAUUGAGUCCGACACAUAUGAAGUUACAACCAAA